AUGGCAGAUGACUUACACGAUGUAGCACGAUACCUCAAUGAUAUGAGGAUAUGUUUUGUAGCACUGACAAUUACAGGAUAUAUUGUAUUAAUAUUAUAUGGAAUAAUAUUUUGUGUUAGGAGAAAUCGAAGGCAACCAACAAAUGGUAAUAUUAAUUCGAGGACAAGAGGACGAUGGGAUUUUCAAGCAGAAACUAGAGAACAACAACAGCAUAAUCAAAAUGAAGACUUAGUAUCGGUGAGAAGCGAUGGUGGAGCGGGUUUUGGAUUAGGUCGUAAUCAUCGAAAUCCUCCGUCAUUCAUGCGUCAUGGCAUAGGUAUAAAUCACGCUCCACAACCAACAAGAUUAAUGGCUGAUCAAGAUAGUGGCAUUGUAAAACACCAAAUACCACAUAUAACUACCGAUCCUCCAAGUAGCAGGGAGAGUUCUCCACCAACUAAAAUUCCCGAACUCUUGAAGGGUACAGUAGAAAUGUAA